AUGACAGAAGAAAGGGCCAAUGUGAUUGCAUCGGCCUUUACCCAGCUGCACAAAAGGUUAGAAAAAUUCUACUCACAAAUCUAUUUCAACAAAGGAGGAUCAUGUCUCACCAAUCCCACCGGCCAGAUUGUCACAUACUUAGCUAAGAAGUUUAGAGAAAGGGGUCAUCCAAAAACCAAAGCCUUUGUAUUUCAUGGUGGAGCCAAUGGCAUCUAUGAGGCAAUCCACCAUGGCAUCCCUAUGGUGGGUCUUCCUUUGUUUGGGGAGCAACCUGAUAAUAUUGCCCACAUGACGGCCAAGGGGGCAGCCAUUAGGCUGAACUGGAAAACAAUGUCAAGUGAAGAUUUGCUCAAUGCCUUGAAGACAGUCAUCAAUGACCCCUCCUAUAAAGAGAAUGUCAUGACAUUAUCCAGUAUUCACCAUGAUCAGCCCAUGAAGCCCCUGGAUCAGGCAGUCUUCUGGAUCGAGUAUGUCAUGCGGCACAAAGGAGCAAAACACCUUAGGGUUGCAGCCCACGACCUCACCUGGUUCCAGUACCACUCUUUGGAUGUGGUUGGGUUCCUGGUGUCCUGUGCAGCAUUUCUGAUUUUUCUUGUCAUAAAGAGUUAUUUGUUUGUCUAUCAAAAGCUUGUUAAGAUAGGAAAGAAGCAAGAAGAGGGAUUAGAGGCUCUUUCACACCAUGGGGUGUCAGAGAAAUCAGACUGCUCUCCAUUUAAUUCAAGCACUUUGGAUCAAGAUGUGACAAGAUUGGCACAGUUUUUGAGAAUUGUGCCUUUCAGAUUAUUCCAUAUAUUUAAUUGUUGA